AGACCAGCCAUGACUGAAAGAAGUCAUAGUACAUUGUACACCGGGAUUCGUAAGAAAAGUAUAUUCCAUCAUUUCCUGUAGCGUGUUCAUUCUAGAUUGAUCUUGAACACAAUUUACGAGAAUAAUGAGGUAUUGCAAUUCUCAUAUUUUAAUUAAGAAAUGUUUAGUUGACUUGUUCCCGAUUGUAAGCUCUUUCAUGAUGCCUGAAGCAGUUGUUUUGUUAUGAUUGUACUUUGGAGUGCUUUUUUUUUCCUCGAGUGAUGUCAAGCCCCAUGACGUCAGUGUACAAGUUUUGUAUGUCAUCCCUCUGUGUGUGUGUGCCUUGAUAGGUCAUGCAUGCUGGCAUGCAAGUGUGUGUACACAGUCUUCAGUGCGUGCUGGUCACCGAGCGAGCCGAACUAUAAGGCUGAUCACAGUGACAGCACCUAACUCAUUUAGUCGCGAUCUGCUUGUGGAGAGGAGGUGCUAGGCUUCCUGUGCGGCACUUCGUGUUGAUAUGUAUGUUGUAUAGGCUGUGCUACAUUCCCAUGGAUCAACAGGGUCAUGCAUAAUUCAUGUGUUUAGUAUACAAUCUCUUCAUGGGACCUGACAGACAUGCAUGAUAGUGCUCUCUCUAGCUGUGUUGUGAUUUGACUCCAGGGAUGGAAACCUGGAUGCAACUGCAAGUCUCUUUCACUUGAAGUUGCGAUCUUCACUCAUACAGGUGAUGCGAUAGCGGUGAUCUUUUCAUGUUUCAAAGCAAAGUGAUGGACUGUCAUGUUUACUUUGUGUCUUUAUUACUGCCUCGUCUAAUGUGUCGAUCAGCUUUUCUCAGUGAUGACCUGGUAAACAGUAAACACAGACCCAGCCUUCAUUGAGCUCCAGAAGUUGUAGGUUUUUGGUGGAGCCAUACUAAACUUGUGCACAUGCAGUCUUAAAGUGUACACUUGAAACUGAUAAGACUUUUGCACAACUGCCCUUUAGCUGGUAGGUGGUCGGAACUGAGCGUCAACAUCUUGUGGAUAUUUUAUGAAUCAGAAUCGGAAUACAGGAAUGCCCACAGACACCGAGUUGAACCCAACACCAUCGUCCUCACUAACAUCAGGAAUGACUGCAGCAAAGACUGCUCUUCACUACUCGUCCCCAAAGUUUAGGGGUGCUGCAUGGGGCCCAGGCAUGCCAGAACCAGCUCUUGGUCCACGUUCAGAAGCAGUCAACAUCACCAGUCAGAUAAGCAACAUGCAUCUGAAAGGUGAUACAGCUUCUGGCCAAAUGCCUAUUGGUCAGGUCCCAACCGACCAUGUUGCGACUGAUCCAAGAAUACUGCCACCGGAAUGGGUUUCGCUGCAACAACAGCAGCAGUGGCAGCAUCAGAUGUUGUACGCACAGUUCAAGAACCAGUCGGCACAACUUACCCAUCAACACCAGAAACAGCAACAAGAUCUACUUAUGAGAGAACAUCUGUUGGAGCAACAGAGACAGCUUGAGGUUCAGCAACAGCAGCAACAACAACAACAGCAGCAGCAACAGCAACAGCAGCAACAAGCACAGAAGCAACAACAUUUGGAGCAGUUGUUAGCGAAGAAGCAAAGUAAGCAAAGUGCAAAUGCUUCAACGGAAGUGAAGGAUAAACUUCAGAAGUUUCUCUUAAAUCGGCAGCAAAGAACGGACUAUGGGGGCAGCGGAUCACUCAAUCACUCGCCUCCAUAUAGGCAUUGGACCCCUCCCAGCUCAAUGGAUCACCACUCCCCUCCACAUAAUGUAUCGCCCCAGUUUCACCAUCAACCAAUGGGGUUUGGCCAAUAUGAUAGCAGCAACUUUCCACUUAGAAAAACAGCAUCUGACUCAAACCUGAAGGUUAGGUCGAGAUUGAAAGAGAAAGUAACAGAGAGACGUACUCACGGUAGCCCUCUACUGAGGAGAAGGGAAGGCCCCAAUUCUCUGAAGAGGAAACCUAUAAGCGGGGAACUCAACUUAGAUACAUCAUCUAACAGCGCUCCUGGAUCUGGUCCGAGUUCACCUCUUAGCGCUGGAGCUGCUGGCGGUGCCGAUAGUCCUAAUGGAGUUCCUGUUGCAGCAUUACCUGAGGAGGCAAGUAGUGCCCCUAAGAUGAUGAUGAAACAGAGGUUUUGUGUGGCAAGCGAUCUGUACAGCUCACCGUCUCUACCUAACAUAUCUAUUGGAAUUCCUGCUGCAAACAAUCCACAACACUCACCACCUCUGGGUCCUGUGAAACCAGGUCUACCUACAGCGGCAAUGUUAGGUGCUGCUCCUCUCAAUCCAUACCUUCCUACAGUGCCUGCAGGUGCGUCUCUAUCUUUAGCUGGUAUGAAUCCUGCCCUUUUAGGUGGUAUGACCUUUCAGGACUACCAGCAGGCACAGACAGCCGCCAUGUCAGCUGCUCAAAUCGGAAUCCAUCCAAAACCAAUCAGACCGCUGACACACAGACCCUUAGUGAGGACCCAUUCUGCUCCCCUGCCUAACAACCAGCAAGCUCCUACCAGCCAGCGACCGCAUUCUAUGUUACUCUCUCAUCAUCAUCAUUCACAGUUACUACAGCAACCGCAUCAACUCCUCAACAAUCUUGCUCAUCAAAAGCUCCUUGAAGAAAGGAGAGAAGAACGAGUUCAAGAGGAGCGAGAACAGGAGGAAGAAUCAGAAUCAGCGGCCGGAGCCACCGCGUCUGGCGCCCCCAACAUGCCAUCACCGUCCAAAGCUAAAGAAGCUCUCAAAAAUGCCAUCCAUAUCAAACAAGAGCCGAUUGACAUCACCGAAGAAGAGGAGGAGGAUGAAGAUGAGGAUGCAGAGACAGAGUUAUCAAAAUCAAGAGAGGAUAAUUUAGACAUGCUAAGACCCUCAACAAUGACCAAAACCGGAAUGUACGGUGGCCAUCGUCCCUUGAUGCGGGUACGCAGCUCCCCCGCUGCCGCUGGUAUCCAUUCACUCUCUCUCAACCACCACCACCACCACCAUGAACACAAACGAACCCAACACAAAUUUACUACCGGCCUUGCGUAUGAUACGUUGAUGUUGAAGCACCAAUGUCUGUGUGACAACAAUCAGAAUCACCCUGAACAUCCUGGUCGCCUCCAAAGCAUCUGGGCUCGGCUUCUUGAAAGAGGGAUCGUAUCUAGAUGUGAGCGUAUACGGACGCGGAAAGCAUCAUUAGAAGAGCUCCAGUCUUGCCAUAGUGAAGGCUACACGUUAUUCUUUGGUACCAGCCAUGCACACAGAGCCAAGUUAGACGAUCGUAAGAAAGCAUCCAUACCCAAGUUGAAUUUCACCUGGUUGGGCUGCGGAGGUGUGGGCGUAGAUACGGAUACGGUCUGGAACGACAUCCACUCACCGGGAGCAGUCAGAAUGGCGGCCGGAGCAGUGAUCGAGUUGGCAUUCAAAGUAGCUACUGGUGAGCUCAAGAAUGGAUUCGCCAUCGUGAGACCACCAGGUCACCAUGCUGAAACGUCGCAAGCCAUGGGAUUCUGCUUCUUUAACUCAAUCGCUGUAGCUGCUAAACAGCUACGACUCAAGCUCAGACUCAACAAGAUUCUCAUAGUUGACUGGGAUGUUCACCAUGGUAACUCAACCCAGAAGAUUUUCUAUGAAGACUCACAUGUACUCUACAUCUCAUUACAUCGUCAUGACAACGGAAACUUCUUUCCUGGUACAGGGGCACCAGAUGAGUGUGGAUGUGGAGCCGGUCUGGGGUACAAUGUGAACGUUGCCUUCCACGGUGGUCUGAACCCCCCAAUGGGUGAUGCGGAAUAUAUAGCUGCAUUCAGGUCUAUCAUCCUGCCUAUUGCCGAGGAAUUUUCUCCUGAUGUUGUGCUUGUUUCGUCUGGUUUUGAUGCUGUUAAAGGACAUCCCAAUCCACUCGGAGGAUAUAAAGUUACACCAGCAUGUUUCUCAUACAUGACACGUAAGCUGAUGGGACUGGCCAACGGACGAGUAGUAUUAGCUCUAGAAGGUGGCUAUGAUCUAACAGCAAUCUGCGAUGCCUCCGAAGUAUGCGCUCAGACACUCUUAGGCGACGACCCAGCCCCUCUCUCGCAAGACACACUCGAUGCAACGCCAAAUGCCAAUGCUGUCGAGUGCAUACGGAGAACCAUUGAAAUACAAUCGGAGUACUGGACAUCGGUCAGAGAUCAAUCUAGCGGGGUAGAUCUUUGUUUGCGGGAAUCACUGAAGAGGAAAGGAGAUUCAGAAGUGCCUGUCAGCGCGAUGGCAUCACUAUCAGUACAACAAGAAACACCAAGUUCAUCGGAGAUUACAGAGGAGAGUGCAAUGGAUGCGGAAGAAACUGCCCCAUCAUAAAGACGAAAGAUCGAGUCAGAGCAUCUAGGGUCAGGAGCUCUACUAUCACCUCAGAGCUGUCUUGACACAGAAGUCCGAUUCAUCCUGCCAAGCAAUUCAUUGAAGAACGGUAUCGGUUUUGUAUGUCUCGUGUUGUUGACGACGAUACCCUUCAACGAACAUUCUUUCGCAUCAUGGGGAUGAGGACUUGACCUGAAUGGAAACGACCGUCCAAUUCUCAACCUACCCUAACCUCUGAUUUGGAAGGGUAGGGAUUGAGCUAAAGCUGUUUCGGGAAAUGAAUCACAUCUCCUUGUUUUGACCUCUAGAAAAGGUGGAUUUAUGUUUCCCGGAUUCCGUCACUUGGACCCGAUCAGAUCCGUUCACAUCGCGCACGUGUUAGUUAUUGUGGCUUAGAGAGGCACGAUCCGGUUCGCAGUUGGAGUGCAUGUCGCUAUUGAAUCGAAACUGUACUAUUAUCUCGAAAAACACAUUAUGUUUGACAAGUUUGCGAAUGAAAUCUCUGUAUGUUCAUUGAUAUUGAACCAUUUUUUAACAUAUUCAUUACGAGUUGUGGUCAUAGUACACAUGUGUUGUAGGUAUUUUAUCUGUACAAUAUUGCUUGUGCAUAGUUUUUUUUCUCUCAUGGAGACUCUAUAGAAGGCUAGAUGUAAUUGCUUCAAUGUACAGAGUUUGAAAUGGCAUUCCACCAAGUGAUAUUCAAUCAUAUUUGUACACAUAGUUUGAUUUUCUCUUUUUUUGUACAAAAAGAACAAAAAUUAAAAAAAAAUUUCGGGUAAAAAGGACCCCCCCCCCAAAAAAAAAAAACCUCCAAGAAGAUAAUGAAUAGAUCAAAAGCAGGUACUCUAAUGCUUGCUCGUUAGGAUCUUAUCUGCCCUUCAUUCACUAACUCUCUUCUCAUGCUUUGCAAGUCAAGGUUUCUAAAUAUCUAUUCAUCUACCCCCCCCCAAAAAAAAAUGACUUGUCUAGCUUUCUCUAUAGAGUAGGCCUCAAGUUGCUUGUUUAUCUGCAAAAUUGUUUUUGAUAAUACAUCAUAAUGAUAGUGACAUUGUGCUUUUGUAUACUAGUAGUGCUAAUACAUUGCAAUGGUAUCUCUAAAGAAUAUUACUCCAGUAAUUAGAUUCUGUCUUAUCUGCUUCUGAUAUGAAUACUUCUUCCACUCCCUGGGGAAUUAUAAAAUUAUUUCGAGGAAGCAUCGGGUAAUGGUUCUGAUUCUUGUCUUUCAAUCAGAGGGUCGGGGGUUCGAAUCCCACUCCAUGGGCACUGAUUUCUUUCAGCAAGAAAUUCAUUUAUUCAUAAUGUGCUGCACUCGACCCAGGUGAGGGAAACGAGGACCAGGGGCCCGUAACACAAAGCGUAGCAACGAUCGAAGAACAUUUUCUAUACGAUUGAUUGUAUCGACUACAAUGUGCAAUCAAUCGUGAAAAUCAGGCGUACGAUCAAUCGUUAACCUUUGUGUUACGGGACCCUGGUGGGAAUUUAUUCCUUGAUGCUUUUGCGUGAACAGCUGCUCUGCCAAAGCCUGGAUAAUUAUGCUGCAUUCUUGUAUAGCGUUUAGAAUCUUCCGAACAAGAACCAUUAGGUGUUUGGUGCUGUAUAUGAGGGAGGGGAUGCCACGAAGCCAGACAAAGUCUCAGCAGAGCAUAUCCUGACCGAAAUCGACCGAUUUUGGGGUUUAGUUUAAUUAACAUUCUGAAAUUAAGAUGGCGAAACAAAGAGUGUUGGUGUUUUGUGAAGGCUUGGGAGUCUUUCACUGUUUCUGAAUGCCAAUCAAAUUUUUCCUCUAUCAUUCUGAGUCUAAUUUGAACAAGAUUCAUCCAGACUUCUAAAGCCAUCCUGAAAAUGGUACCCUUUUCUAUUCUGUGUUUGAUGCAUACAUACACUACCUGGGGUCUGUUACACAAAACUUAGUGCUUGAUUGUAGUGCCGUUCUUAUGAUUGAUUGCAUUUAUCAUUAUGUGCAAUCAAUCGUACAAAUCAACUGUGUAAUUAGUUGCUAAGCUCUAUGAAAUGGGCCUCUGGGUUGCAUUGCACAAUACUCACAAUUGAUGUUAACUCCUCCAUCAGUCAUAGCUAUCAUGGUAAUAACAAUUGCACAUUUACAUAAUAGCAUAGCUCAACAGCCAAUCAAAAUGAGAUUUAAAUUGUCAAGAAUGGCAAAGUCACUACAAGUUUAAGUUUGAUGCAAUCAGGGCAGCUAACUAAAAUAGGAAUUGUUAGGAACUAUUUUUCCCCUGUCAGUCAGUACAUGUGGUUUAUUUCUUUGGUAUAAGGCCGUUGCAACGAAACGUCACUGAACCUUUGAGUAUCCUUGAGUUAGUAUGGUCGGAGGACCUGUUUAAUGGCUACGCAAGUGCAAUUCAAUGCGCAGUCUGUUUCAUGCUACAACCUCUGUUGUGACAAGGCAACAGAAAUAUCAUCAAGGUUUGCUGAAAAGCUGUCAUUUUACCCUAUUUUGUUGAAUAUUAUAAUUUCCUGAAAUUUGUGGUGUAAAUCAAACUAGUAAAAUUUGAAACAAUGAUUCUUUUUCAUUUGCAUCGCUUUAAGAUUCUCCCGUUUCGUAGGACAAUAUACGACAUUGAUAUUCACUUAAAAUUAUUUUGUAUUUUUCAGUUUUCACAAAGUUAACUUGCGUGUAGAAUUAGGGCACAAAGAAUUGACAUUACAUUCGGGCAGGAGUUCAACCCUUAACUUUGGAUGUACACUUAUAUAUAAUUAUGCCUUAAACAAAAUGGAGUCCUUUAUUAAAGGUCGAUGAUAGACAUUUUUUUUCUAAGAAUUUGAUGAUCAUGCACUUCAAACUAACAGUUCAGACAAGGCUUGUUCCUGUACUUAUAUAGGUAUUAUUUUGUAUUACUUUUUUGCAAACAUAUGUGCUAGUAAUGUCUAAAAGAUGAAUUUUACUGGUGUGCAGAUGUAUAUUUUCGUGAGCUGUGGACAGUAUUGGAAAUGUUCCAUUUGUCUUGUGUGAUAAAGUAUUGCCAGUCUUUUCUUUAAAAAAAAAUAUAUAUCAUGCACAAGAAUGUAAACAACAAUGUCAAGGUAUGAUAUUCAGUGGAUUCGUCGUAUGAUUUCAUAGAGUAUUCCUUAUAGUGCAAAAAAGCUUUUUGAAAUAUGCAUUGCUUUUAGUAACAAAAACUAGCAUACAUGAAAAGAGUAUAGAGUUGGUGUUUCCAUCAGAAUUGUAAAAAGCUUGUGUAUUUUUAUUUUCUGAAGUGAAGAUGCUGAGAACAUUCACAUUGGCAUUCUUUUUAAUUUGAUUUGUUGAAAUGAAGACAUCCCGUUGACGGGAUUAUUAUUAUUAUUAUUAUGUAGAUUGAAGAUAUUCCUAUUUGUAUUGAUAACUAUGAAGCGCCUUUAUACAUUGAUUUGAUUGAAUGCUCUAUAAUGUUUAUUGCUCUAGAAAAAUUUGAAAAAAAACAACAAAAGAGUUCUAAUGAGAUUGUAUAUUUGAUUGGACUGUUAUGUGGCUCAAAGGUUAUAUGUCAAUCUUGUUGUUUGGUAUCAUAUGUUGUUAUUGUUAUCCAAUCCUCAAAGAUGUCUAACCCCCUUCCCCUGAAGCCCUGCAGUUACUCAACCAAAGCUCGGGGGGCUCUUGAUGCAGUAUAUUCUCUUCGAAGAGAAAGCCUUAUAGAUAGCAAAUUAUAAAAAAAUAAAAAUAGAUUUGUCAGGUCAUGGAGAAAGAAAAAAGAUUAAACAUUCUAACAAAAAAAUAAACUAAAGCAGGACUCAAAUUUAGAAUUUAAAGGGGCAAUGCCAUUUUUUUUUAAUGGGGCACGUAAAGGAAAUUGAAAGCGAUGCUCACUUUAGGGGGCAUACAAGGCUAUUCAAAAAAGGCAUCAAUAGUUAAAAGGACUUUUCAGCGUGACACAUGCACUUGCCUACCACAGGACUUCAAGGCCACUGGCAAAAAGGGCACUUACUUUGUCGUUAAGUCUAUGAAUAUUUGGAAGGGCAUCGAAGCCAAAGGGUGGCCUUUGGUCAAUUUGAGCCCAGUAAAGGCAAGAUGAUAUGCAUUGAUAUACAGCCAAUACCGUCUUUGUCAGAGGAUGAAAUAAACUACCGGGAAGGGACAGGUAGUUAACAUCAAUACCAGUGUAGUAUUGCCAUUGAAAAUUGCAAGAACAAUCCGAAUCGCCAGAUAAAAUAUGUAUUAUCUUGAAAAUAUUUUCUGUAGAUCCUUUUUGAAUAGGAAACGUGACACAAAUCUGGUCACAAUUGGUAUGCUUUCGACACCACAGCCUUCUUUUUUUUGCGAGGAUUUUAUUCUUGUAAUUUAAAGCCAAACUUUCAUAUUCUUUCAGAUACAUCAAUGAAAAGGUGAGGAGUAAAUAAAAAGUAGAAAUAGGAAUAUAGCCACACUAAUACAGCAAGAAAACCACAACUCUUAACAUGUACAUAUUACAGUUCUAUGAUCCUUGUGCUAAGUGGAUGCAGACAUUAUAUAAUAAAAAAAGAGAGGAGCUUUAUUGGAGAAAAUAUCUUGUUGGAAAUCUACUCCCUUAAUUUAAGUCUUCAUUUAGGUGUGGAACUGUCCUUAUAAAGCGAUAUCUUGUGAGUUCCGGCCCUAUUUCAUUAAAGACACUUACAGUUGAUGUCGUCUACUGUGUGAUGUUAGUGUAUUUAGAAUAUAUGUAUAUUUGUACAGAAGUUAAGAAGUAAUUAUUUCACUAUGGUAAAGAAAUUUUAUAUGUGACAACACAUUAUGAAAAUGUUUUGGUCAGUGUGAUAGUACUGGAUUUUCGACAAAAGAAAAAAAUCUAUGUGAUAAUAAGCUGCUAAUUUCAGCAGCACCAUGUGUAGCUAUAUUGUGUUGUAUCAUGAUGAAGCAAGACAGCAUUUUAUGUGGUGAAAUGAAAUUUUAUGACUAUAGAGAGAGGGAGUGAGAGACUGAAUUUUUAAAAAGAGAUUUAUAAGGGAUGGCCUUGAAGAUUAAAUGACAAUUUUCUAUGUUGUUAUGGUGAUAUAUUGUUGAUAAAAGUAGAUUUUAUUGUUAGAUUUCUUUUUGUAUGUUAGACUGCUUCUUGUCGAGCAUUUUUGUGAAGCAUAUUACACUCUUGUGUGGAUUGUGAAGGGCUGCACAGUUAUGCACCCUGCAGACUUUGUGCUUUUGUGACAUCACCUCACAUUGAUUAUUGAGUACUGUUAUGCUACAGAGUACGGAUCUGCUUUGUGUACAAAAAAAAAAAUCUCUCGUCACAACUUGCUCUCCCGUUCCGUGUCGGUUUUGCCUCAUGUGUAGGUCUUACAGGCAUUUGUGUGUUGUUGUUUUUGUUUUGUUUAUUCUCCUUGGUAUGUUUGUGAAUGGGUGAUUGUGUGUGUGUGUGUGUGGGUGUGUGGUAAGAUGGAGGAGUAUACAUGUUCCUGUGUUUCUCCUUAUUGAGUGCCCCUUCACUAUAUGUGGCUGAAAUGUAUAAUAAAGUGAAACAUUGAAACGCA